UUGUUUGAUUGAAUUCUAAACAUUCUUUCAAGCCGCAUUAGUCUUCUUGAUUUCAUAGACUCCUUAAAUUUUUCUUAACUCAUUUGAAGUUUAUUGCUUUACCAAGUAUCAGAUUACAUUUUCUUUCAUUUCAAUUGCAUUCCAUCUUACUUUGAUCACUAUUAGAUUCAAUUUAACACUUCAAUCAUAAAAAUCAUAAGAAGUGUUUGAUUGAACAAGUGUUAGCAUUAUAUAAAAUUGCAUAAGUUAUAUUAUUUCUUCGCUAGAAAGAAAAUAUAACUCGACAUAAACUUGCAUUCUACAUAUUUAUAAAACUAUAAUUUAUGUCAACUCCUCAUCCACCUUUCAAGGUUAAGACAAUUGUUUCUUGGGCUGGUGAAGAAGAUGGUGAUCUUGGGUUUAUAGAAAAUGAAGUCAUUGAAGUAUUUUCCAUUGUUGAUGAAAGUUGGUGGAGUGGGAAAUUAAGGAGAAAUAAUGCUGAAGGUAUCUUCCCAAGAGAUUAUGUGGAAAUCCUUGAAGAGAAACUUUCCCAUUCUUCAUCAAACAUAUCGUUAACUACUCCAAAGCAAACCACUCCUCAAAAAGAUCAAGAUAACUAUAGAAAUAGUAAAGGUUACUAUCUGGCAUCAAAGAAUUCUCCCACUAGAGUCGAGAAUUUGAAUGAUCCAGACUCUUCGUUUGAUUAUGAUUCUGGUAACUACACCAUUGAUGCUAUUGAAACCAAUCCAAGACUUUCUAGUUCAGCUAACUAUCAAGCUAAGAAAUUGAGAUCAUCUAAUAAUCUAAUGUCAUCUAUGAAUCAUCCGAAAUUUAGACAAUCUAAUCAUCAUCAACAAGAAGAUUCAGAUAGACAAAAAGAAAUAGCUCAUUUCAAGCAAUUACAACAACAGCAAAACUAUCAAAUCCGUAAGGCUCUGCAAAAUCAUCAAGAAAUUCAACAAAAGAGAAUGCUGCUUCAAUAUCCAGAUAAUAGCAAUAAUAAUAGCUUUCUGAAAUCAAAGCGUAGUUCGCAAAUUUAUUCCUCCCAGGAUCCUCAACUGCCAUCAUCGAGAGGAUUGAAAACAUCUUCAUAUAUUGAUUUAUCUCAUCAAAGUAGUAACAAUAAGUUACAGCCGCUAUUUAACAACUAUACUGUUGAAUCAUUUUCUCCAGAGGCAACUUCACCAAGACAAUCAAAUAGAAGGAAACCAGAUAAUGCCCAUUUCGAAAGUUAUCAAGAAAUUGCUGAAAGAAGAGCUCAACUUGAAAUGGAAUUACAAAGAUUGAAAGAGAUUGAAAGAUCAACUCAGAAACAAAAAAGUAAUAGAUCUCCAGUUGGUGCUAGAAAAAAUAUCAGCAGUGAUCUCACAUAUGAUGCUUCCAUUGAAAGUUAUGUAAGUGAAGAUUUACAUUCUUCCAAACGUUAUGCCUCAAAGGAUGAUCUUGGUAAGAAACUUUCAAGACGAGUUUCUGACGAAGAGGAAGAUCUUGAAGAUGACGAGGAUACGGAGCCUUCACCACCUCCACCUCCACCAAAGCAUGCUACACCAAUAAGUUCAAGAGAUGUAAUCCGUGAACAAUAUGUUGGUAAUAGCCAAUUUAAACAAUCCACUAGAAAUAAAGUUCCUUUUGAUGCUGAUGAUUUUGGAGUUUCUGGUAACAGUAUUAGACAACCAAUGAGUGAUGAAGAGUUAUACAGAUUAUCUCAAAUGCAACAGGAAGAUCUUAAAAAUUCUUUGAAAUCUAUGCAAAGUGAUGUGUUAAACUUAUCUGAAUUAAGUGCUACUAGUGCAGGUUCAUUUUACAGACAUAAAUAUGAAAGAGAAAUCACUCAACAACAACAAGCACUUAAGGGCCUUUCCAUUGAAAGUGAACCAGUAGAAGAAAGGUCUGCUAGUGCAGUUAUGGAGUCUAUGUUUGAUAAAAAAGCAAAGCAAUCUAACAUAUUUAAGAAAUUGUUGCAAAAGAAAGCUCCAGAAGAGAACUUAAUCGAACAAAAACUUCAAAAGGAGCUGGAAAUCGAUUGGACUACCCAUAAGAUUGAUUUGAAUAGAAUGAAUUCGUUAACUUCACAAGAUAAACAAUUGAGAACUAAACGAGUUCUUAGAGAAGAUCCAUCAUUGGUUGUCAAGCCAUUGGACUUUAUUUCAGAUAUUAAUAUGAAUGAAGUCACUGAUUCAUACGACACUGAUUAUGUUUUAAAACCAUCCAUUGAUAAAGUCGAUGCAUUCAUGGAACUUUAUAAUACUGAAUAUGAUUUGAAUGAAUUAAUUUCAGAUAUUAGUGUGAAAUUCAAUUCAUCCAAAUUAAAUCAAGUUAGAUGUGUAUUAAUUCAUUUGUGUAAAUUUGAAAUAAUAGAAGAAUCAGGAAAAAUUCUGCAAGUUAAACCUAAAUUAGCUGAAGUUCAAGCAAAUGGUGAAGCUACUAUUUAUCAACUCAACUAUUUGUUUAAGAAGAUAUUAGAUGCCUUGAGAAUUCCAUCUGAAAUAAUAUUAGGAUUCUGGAAGAAACCUAAUGAAUUUUAUCACAAUGAACAAUUUGUGAACAAUCAUUCAUGGUUAUCCAUUUUAGUUGAUGAACAAUUCUUACUCCUUGAUCUUUACAAUUUCAAGAAUGGAUCAGUUUGUAAUAUUCGUAAUAAUCCUCAAGGUUAUAAUGAAUUUUACUUCUUGGCCAAACCAUUAACCUUGGUGUCUACUCAUAUUCCAUCAGUCAUAGAUUUACAACAUGUGAUCCCACCUAUUGAUCCAAAUAUUGCAUUUUAUUUACCAAGAUCAUAUUCGGGAUUUUAUGAAUAUAAUUUGAAAUUCAGAAACUUCAAUAAUAGUUUAACUCGUUUAAAUGAUUUAGAAUUUUUUGAAUUAGAGUUAGAUAUCCCUCAAGAUGUGGAAUUAUUCACCUUAGUUAAAACUUCCAAGAUCACUACUAAUGAUUUAAGUUUAUCACAAGUUAUUUGGCAUAAUAAUAAACGUAUAGCUAAGAUCAAAGCUAUACUUCCACCUAAUGAAAGUAUAGGUGUUUUACAGAUAUUUGCUGGUCCAAAGGGAUUACAGAAGCAUUUUGAUAAUAUCCAUCAAUUAGCCGCCGUGAUUCCUAUUUAUCAUACAGGUAAUUUUAAAGAUUGUAAAUUUGUGCCUCGUUUCCCAACCGUUCAAAGUCAAAACAAUGAUUUAUAUAUCAAACAACCUCAAGUUAGUAAGAUCAUUGUUAAGAAUUCAUAUAACUUUGAAAUCGAUCAAUAUCCAUCCAUGGGAUUGAAUAAUGGUAGUGGGUUAAUGAAUCAAGAUUUCAAAUUGGUCAUUGAAUCACCAUCAGGUAAAUAUUUCAAAUUGAAUAAAUCAGAUCCAAUCAAGCCAUAUGGAACUUAUCAUACCAAUAUUAAAUGUCAAGAAGUCGGUCUUUACAGAGGAUUGGUCAUUGGUGAUAGUGGUAAUAGCUGGUAUGUCUUUGCCCAAUGGGAAUGUGUUCAAGGCACUGUAACUAAUUAAAAGUAACUCUUUCCAAACUUAAUUUAUUGUAUUUUAGACUUUCAAGUUUGUUCAUAAACUUCGAUAUAAACAAAACAUUCAAAACAUAUAUAUAAAAAAAAAACUCAUCAUCAUUUACACUACAAACAAAAAAACCUUUUUAAUUGCAUUUUCUUAUUUAUCUCAUCGCUUAAUCUUAUUCUAAUAACUAAU